AGGUUUGGAGACACAGGCAAAGGGAGAGAGACCGAGAGGAAUACUUGCAGAGCCAGCAGGGAGCCGGGCAGCUCCUUCCCAGACGUUGGAGACCCUCCGCCUCUCCAGAUGGAAAGGUGAUAGGACCUCAUGGGAGACCCCAGAACUGAGGCCCCAGGAUGACAGAACCCGAGACCCUGGCCCUGCUGGAAGUGAAGGGGUCUGAGGCCCUGGAGAAGAGCCCACCCCAGGCAUUGGUCCCCAAUGGCCGGCAGCCAGAAGGGGAAGGUGAGGCUGAGUCCCAUGGAGCUGAGUCCUCCAAGGUGGGGUCUUCAGCUGGGUCUACCAUGGCCGGAGAGGGGGCUGAGGAUGGUCUCGACAGCACAGUGAGUGAGGCUGCCACCUUGCCCUGGGGGACUGGCCCCCAGCCCAGUGCCCCAUUCCCAGACCCCCCCGGGUGGCGGGACAUUGAGCCCGAGCCCCUCCAGUCAGAGCCACCCACCAAGCUAGAGGAGUUGUCCGAAGAUGAUGCCAACCUGCUGCCCGAGAAGGCGGCCCGGGCCUUCGUGCCCAUCGACCUCCAGUGCAUCGAGCGGCGGCCCCAGGAGGACCCGGUUGUGCGCUGUGAGGCAGGCGAGGGAGAGCGCCGCCGGGCCUGCCUGCCGGCCCGGGCCACCCAGCCCGAGCCCUGUGAGCGCAAGUGGGCCGAAGCCGUGGUGAGGCCGCCUGGCCACUCCUGCGGGGGCUGUGGGGGCUGCAGAGGCCGUGAGGGGCUGAAGGCCGUGGCCUCAGUGGGAGCUGCCCUCAUUCUCUUCCCCUGCCUGCUAUAUGGGGCCUACGCCUUCCUGCCUUUCGACGCCCCGCGGCUGCCUACCAUGAGCUCCCGCCUCAUCUACACGCUGCGCUGCGGGGUCUUUGCCACCUUCCCCAUCGUACUGGGGCUGCUGGUGUACGGACUGAGCCUCUUGUGCUUCUCGGCCCUGCGGCCCUUUGGGGAGCCGCGGCGGGAGGUGGAGAUCCACCGGCGCUACGUGGCCCAGUCGGUCCAGCUCUUCAUCCUGUACUUCUUCAACCUGGCCGUGCUCUCCACCUACCUGCCCCAAGAGACCCUCAAACUGCUCCCUCUGCUCACUGGUCUCUUUGCUGUCUCCCGGCUGAUAUACUGGCUGACCUUCGCCGUGGGCCGCUCCUUCCGAGGCUUUGGCUACGGCCUCACGUUCCUGCCGCUGCUGUCCAUGCUGGUGUGGAACCUCUACUACAUGUUCGUGGUGGAGCCCGAGCGCAUGCUUACUGCUGCCGAGAGCCGCCUGGACUACCCCGACCACGCCCGCUCUGCCUUGGACCACAGGCCUCGGCCCUGGGGCUGAGUACCCACCCCAGCCCUGGCGCCUCGGGGAA